AUGAACGGGACUGCGGCGGCCACAGGAUCGGCUUCCUGCCGAUUCGCCCACUAUUUUGUGGUGUGUGGGGUGGACACGGAGACGGGCCUGGAGCCGGACGAUGGAGCAGGCGAGGCCUUCGAGCAGAGCCCAAUUCGGCGGUCCUUCAAGUCAAAGGUUCUGGUUCACUACCCCGAGAGCACGGACAGGAUGCCCUUGAACAAAGAUGCUGUCAACAUGCUCUGCAUGCCGAGGGGUCUCUCCUUCCGCACGCAGGCCGACCGGCUCGAUCCUCAGUUCCACUCGUUCACGAUGUCUUUCGACGACGGCACGCGCUCCUACGGCUUCGUCCUCACCUUCUACGAGGAGGUGACCAGUGCUCAGAUCAUCACUGCCAUGCAGACUCUCUACCAGAUGCACCACGUGGAGCACCACUCAGCCUCCUCUGCCUCCUCUCCUUCCUCCUCCUCGUCUUCAUCAGCUUCGUCGCCCUCCACCUCCAGCAUGGACUCUCUUGUGAGCAGCUUGGACGAGUCAGACGCCGAGUCUCUGGCCGGGGUGUCCGCCUGCCUCGGCUGUGCGGGCUCCUUCGACCCGGCCCGAGACACCCUGUACGUGUCCAAAGCCCUCUGCCUCUUCACGCCGCUCCCCUUCCUCCAGGCCGCUCGACAGUUUCUGUCUCAGCUGCACCAGGCCGUGACAUCACACACAGCUCCGCCCCUCCCUCUGGAGAGCUACAUCCAUAACAUCCUGUACGAGGUGCCCCUGCCUCCCCCCGGCAGGUCGCUGAGGUUUCACGGGGUGCAGGGACCCAUUGUGUGCCAGCGGCCGGGGCCGGGAGAGCUUCCGCUGGGGGAGUAUCCCCUCGGAGAGGCGUUCUCCCUGCUGGGUGUGGACAAUAUGGUGCAGCUACUGACCUGUGUGCUUCUGGAGACACAAGUCCUGCUCUGCUCUCAAGACUACCAGCGUUUGAUGACAGUGGCCGAGGGCGUCACCACUCUGCUAUUCCCGUUCCAGUGGCAGCACAUCUACCUGCCCAUCGUCUCUGCACCGCUGCAUCACCUCCUGGAGGCUCCUGUGCCGUUCAUGAUGGGUAUCCACCGCAGAGAAGGAGCUCAGCGAUCCUCCCUCCACCUUCCUCACGAGGCCAACCUGUGCUUUGUGGACAUUGACAAUCACUGUGUCGAAGCCCCUGAAGACCUCCCACUGUUUCCAGACCAGAUCGAGCUGAUCCAGGAGCUGAGUGAGGUGCUGCUGCGUUUUGGGCUCCCUCCACAGGGUGGUGCGGCCACCAAGCCCGCCACCGCCUCCCCGCGCCUGAGCAGCCUGGUGCUGGAGGAUCUGAUGGAGGACAGAAGGAACGGGAACCUCGGAGGCGAGGAGCUGGCGGUGCUGGAGAGGCUGCAGGCUCUGGCGCGGAGGUGCGGAGGAGGAAAAAUGUCAGAUGGAGAGAAGACGCUGGGACACGUGUUUGAGGAGGAGGAGGAGGAUCUGAAGGCCGCCAAGCUGAACAUUCAGCUGAGGGAGGUGUUCGCCGGACGCUUUGCUGCCAUGUUUGGCAGGUACGAGGACUUUGUCAUCCACAGCGCUCUUGAUUUGGACUCCUGGUUGAGCAACCGAGAGGGAACGUUGAGCUUUGACAAGGGCUCCUUCCUCUCAGUUCAGCCGGCGACCCACUUGCAGUUCUUGUCCCGGUUCCUGGAGACGUCCAUGUUCUCUGCGUUUGUCGACGGGAAGGUGAUAUCUCGCUGGGCGGAUAGAGAUCCGAUGCAACAGCUGUUCGACAACCGUCUGGAGAGAGAACGACUGUACGACACAGACGAAGAGGAGUCCCGCAGCUGUCGCUACAGGAAGUGCACCUCGCUCUUUGAAUCAGCUCAGAACAUUGAGCGCAGGCUGCUGAAGGCCGACCACACGGCCAUACACCCCCACCUGCUGGACAUGAGGAUCGGCCAGGGUCGUCAUCAGCAGGGCUACUUCCCCAAGCUGCAGGCCGACGUGCUCGCACAGGGACAAAACACCAACAAGUGGUCCAGUCGUGUUACAGCGUCACGCAGGAGCGACCCAAAGAGAUCGGCGUUAACAGAGGGGCUGGACAAUGAGCAGAGACAAAAGCACGCAUUUUCGAGGAAGAACCUCCGCCAGUCUAAGCUGCUCGACUCGUCGCCGCAGGCCGUCUCUCAGGCUCACAGAGAGUUUGUGGACGGGCUGCUGAGCGAGUGUCGUCUGAAGACCAAACGGAUGCUGAUGGAGAGGAUGGGGAAGGAGAGCGUGGAACUGGGUCAGGGAGAAGCAAACAUCACGGGCCUGCAGGAAAACACACUCAUCCUCGGUCUGUGUGACCUGCUGGAGAGAACCUGGGGCCACGGGCUGCAGCUGAAACAGGGGAAGUCCGCUCUUUGGUCCCAUCUGCUUCACUACCAGGCAGCACAUGGGAAGACAGAGGCACCAGCUGAGUCUCCAGGGUGUGGCGGUUUGGAGCAGAGGACGUUUGAUGAAGGCGCUCUGGUCCUGAGAGGGUCGUUGAUACAAGACAUGAGGUUCAUCCAGACCAUGAGCGAGGGUCUGUCUGAGGUGGGUCAGGCCCGGGCCUGGAUCCACCUGGCUCUGGAGAAGAAGAUGCUGUCCCAGCACCUGAAAGAGCUGCUCACAAACCAGGAGCUGCUCAGGCAGCUGUACAAACCUCACGCAUUCCUGCUCUGUGAAGAAGAAAGGGAGCAGUUUCUGUUCCACCUGCUCUCUCUCAACACUGUGGACUACCUCUGCUUCACACGCGUGUUCACCUCCAUCAGUAUUCCGUACCGCGUCGUCAUAAUACCCAUGAAGAAGCUGAGCAUCGCGAUGGCGACAGUUAACCCGUGGGUGUGUGUGUCAGGAGAACUGGGUGAUUCAGGAGUGAGACAGCUAUCGAAAAACACACAAGAGAUCUACUUCCAGUGCAAGAACCUGGGCAGGCUGAGCACUCUGCAGCUGGGACAGGAGAACUCUGGCCUGCUGGCCAAGUGUCUGAUAGACUGUGUGAUGGUGUAUAAUGAGAUCACUGGACACACCUACAAGUUCCCAUGUGGCCGAUGGCUGGGGAAAGGCGUGGGUGACGGCAGCUUGGAAAGAGUCCUCAUUGGUCAGCUGGUGUCACCUGGUGGAGAGGAGGAUGCUGGAAGGUGGACAGGGACGCCUCCGGAGCUGGCCUCCCCUUCCCAGAGUGUUCGGACAGUGCUGGGAUCGCUUGGCAGCCGAAGCAGAAUGCUGUCUGUUGAAGUACAAGAGGACAUGAGGGAGGCAGCAAAUAACCUUGUUAAACACUUCCACAAACCCGAACAAGAGAGGGGAAACUUGACAGUCUUGUUAUGCGGUGAAGGAGGUCUGGUACUCUCCCUGGAGAAGUUCCUCCUGCACGGGCUCAAGUCGAACCGUCUUUUCCAGAGGAACGUGUUUGUUUGGGACUUUGUGGAGAAGGCAGUGGUUUCCAUGGAAACAGCAGAUCAGAUGGGUGACCUGCAUGGAUCAACGCUGACAAAGGGUCCCCCCUGCGACUCACUGUGCCGAUACGUCAACGCCAUCAACGCCUCGCCACGAAACAUUGGAAAAGAGGGAAAGUUCCAGCUGUUUGUCUGCCUGGGAAUCAGGGACCGGCUUCUCUCUCAGUGGCUCCCCCUGCUGGCAGACUUCCCCCUGACAGCACGGACCUACGAAGAAGGAGCUCUGCUGCGAGACCGUGCUGCUGUACACUCCCUCUCCCGCAUCCUGCACACACUCAACGAGUUUACCAUCACCCUGGAGACUGCACUGGUGAAAGGAGUUGACCUCUGACCCCAGCAGAGGAGCACAGAGCUCGGCACCGGCUCUGCCAUCUACUGCAGGAACGCUGAUCGGCUCAAAUAUUCCAUCUUUCCAUCUGCAGGAGAAGGAAGUACAUUCAGACACUUGAGCAAUGUGACUUUAUCAUAAAAAAAAACAAAAAAACAAAAACAGGACAGAGGACUAGAUGAAGUCACUGGCAACUCGAGAUCCGAACAUAAUGCCUUGUUCACAGAUGUAAAUGUCGUAUAUACAACAGUCCAAUCUUUCCUAUGCUUGUUUACACUGUGAAGUUCUGUUUCCCCCCCGAGGAGAAAUAGAGAGUCAUUCAUAAUCUCACCUCCGCAGUAGAUGCUAUUCACAGCUCACGUCCAUCACUGUACCUGAACCCUCGGACGACUGUAACUCUCCUUCAACUGCUGUACUGCUUGCACUCAAAUUUUAAACUGAGCACAUGCAUGGCCAAAAUCUGUUUGUUUGUUUGUUUUUUUUCCGUCUUAGUGUAUUGUGAUCUGAAAUAUCAGGACUCAGGCCUUAUUCUAUAAACUUUUUUCUUGACUUUAUUCAUUGGAUAUCUUAGUAAAUAUACUCAAAGAAAGAUAAUGUUCCCCACUCUAUAAUAUGUUAAAAAAAUGUUCUAUUAUUAUGCUCUUGUUAUACUGUGUAAACAUCCUGCCUGUUUCUCCUUGUUUAUUUCAAUUUGGGGUCACCCGCUGCAGAGUUGUGCUCCUGAAUUCUCAGUUGGUGAAAUGCGGAAGCCAAACUGGUGUCCUCAUUGUGUCAGUUCGAAUCGUCAUUGUCACUUUGUCAGAAAGCCUCGUUUUCCCCCUUCUCUCGCUCUCUCAUUGUAAAUAUUUUUGCUUCAUUAAAUCUUUAAUAGAAUUGUGCCCAUUUGUUAUUAUGGUGUAAUGAAUUAGUGGCAUAUUUUUCUGUAUAAAAAGCAUCUUGUUUGUGUCUGUGUAAAAACAGUAGAUUCCGAUAUGGACACACUUUAUUGAUUAUGUGGAUAAUAGUCAUGCUGUUUGUUUCUAAACUGUUCGGUUGUCUUCAGACGAUGGAGCGAGCACAGGUUCUUAUAAAACGCUAGGUAUUACGUUGAUGUCGCGUUUAAUUUAACAGGUGAAGAAUUAUGAAGACGCCGUCUCCUGCACUGUCCUGCAAGCACUAUGUAACCUACAAUGACCAAGCCUCUAUUAUCAUUUAAAUACAGAUUAGAGAAAGCAAUAAUGAACUGUUAUUUAUGAAAUGUGUUGUCAAAGAUUAAAGUUAAUAUUGACAUAA